AUGUCAUAUGAAUUGGAAUCGAAGAAACGAAAAUUUCACCGUGUGCUGGAAUCGAUCUCUAAGCCCCCUGCCAUCGAUCUUACCCCGAAACCCACGAGCACAACGCCUGCGACAGCACAAGAUCAUCCUCCGACCAGCCUGUCAAUCAAAAAGGUCCGAUUGAACAGUAAAGACACCUCAAAUCUCGCAUCUGUAUCAACAUCCACUUUGGCUCUCCCUCGAUGCUCGCGAGUAUCAUCCACAUCCUUUAAGCGCCCGGCCUUCGCACCUUGGGACCGCGAAUGCUUCCUCGAGCGGCUGGAGACGUUUCGUCGCGUAGACCGAUGGACCUCUAAACCUCCUCCGAUCAAUGAAGUCCAGUGGUCAAAACAUGGCUGGGUUUGCUCAGAUGUAAUGCGCGUGGGCUGUGUUAGUGGUUGCGGUGGCUCUGUCGUGAUCAAGCUGCCGGAAGAUAUUGAUGAUCUUGAUGGGUACGAUGCGGAAAAAGCCCAAGAGCGAAAGGAAGUUUGCGCGAAACUCGUGGAGGAGUAUGAGAAACGACUAAGUGACGGACAUAGUGAUAACUGCCCAUGGCGAAACAAGUGGUGUGAUGCCACUAUUCAACGUCUACCCUUGAGCAACCCUGACGUGGCCCUCUCCGGGCUUCGCGAGAGGUACUUGAAUGUGGUCAAAAUGGGUGACAAAUUGCCCGCUGAAGAUGCCUUUGAAUAUCUAGAAGGUUUUGACCUUGAUGAUACUAUCAAAAUGCUGCCUGAAGAGUGGCUAAAGCCUGAGAAAACGCCAGAGAAGACAAACGAAGAGAGUGUGGCCAGUGCGGAAAAGGUAGAAACACCCAAAGAACCGACAACUGAACCUGUAUCAAUCAACCGAGCAGCAUUUACACUGGCGUUUUUCGGUUGGAGUACAGUAGACGAUGGAGGUGCCGGUCUUGUCGGGUGCAAGGCGUGCUUCCGUCGUCUAGGCCUAUGGAUGUACAAACCCAAGGAAAACGGAGAUAUCACCGUCUACGCUUCUUUGAAUGCUGCUACCGAGCACAUGGAAUACUGUCCUUGGAUCGACGGCUUAGCUCAGAGUGGAACGGGGUCUCCAAAUAAGCAAGAUGGGUUGCUUAGUGGCUGGGAAAUAGUGGCCCAAGCGGCCAAGGUCAAACACCGCCGACACGCUCGAUCUAGGAUGUCUAUGGCUUCAAUCAAUACUGAACCAAGUACACCAACCCCAGACCUGGAUCAUGAUGGCUUGAUUGAUGAGACUGCAACUCCUAGAAAGACACCUGAUCGAGAAUGGUGGACCAAGUUCCGCCGAAUGCGACAGGUCUUGAAGACCAAAUCACCUGGGCGCAAAUCUGUGGCUCCAAAAUAG